GACGUUUUCUCGACAGCAUUGUUGAAAAUGAAGCAAAACUUUCCGCGUUCGGCCCGCGGCGCCGUGAAUCGCUCCAGUUUUCUGCGUCCAAGCGGCUCCUGAAGCGGGAAGCCCGAAGAACCUCGGCCGCUGCUCGGCCGCGGUGCGCAUGCUCAGACUGCGUUCUCCGUUCUUAUUAAUUUUUAAUGGAAAAUGGCUGCGUUUCUUAUCCAAACCGCCGGAGCUCAGGAAUAAAGGAACCGUUUCUUCGGCCUCGCCGCCGCUCGCGUCGAACCGGGUCUAUGUGUUUGACUUCACACUGAGCCGAACCGAACCGAACCGAGCCGUGAGGUGGAAAAACAGCAGAGGGGGAAAUGGAGCGACUCCCGCUUUGAAAGAUCAUUUUCUCCUUCACCUUCUGCGAACAAUCGAGCAAAGAUGAUGCGCCAGGUGACCACCAGCGACUUCUGCAUGAGCGGCCGGCCGUCCUGCCUGGCGGAGGACGCUCACCACCCCGCCGCUCAUUUCGACCUCUGCGCCUCGCAGCCCAGCAAGUUCUACCCGCCUCCGCCGCCGGCCUCCCUGCAGAUGACGCUGGCGCCGAUGGCCUUACCCGCCCAGAGCCACAAGCCGCUGGGGUGCCACAGACAGGACCUUCUGGGCGCUGACCCGCGCGCACCCGGAAAAUUACCUGGCCUGAAAGGCUCGGAGCAAACGCCCGGCGAGGCGAAGAAAAAGACCAAAGGCGGCGGGAAGUCGGGCCGGCGCGGCCGGCCGCUGGGCACCACCAAGCUGGCCGGGUACAGAACCAGCACCGGGCGGCCCCUCGGCAACAAGGCCGCGGGGUUCAAGACGAGCCCAGGGCGGCCCCUGGGCACCACGCGGGCGGGGUACAAGGUCAGCCCCGGGCGGCCCCCCGGCAGCAUCAAGGGCCUGUCCCGCCUCAACAAAACUGGCUUACAGAGCAGCUGCAGCGCAGCGGCGUUCCCCUACCCUCUGCCGCACAAAGACGUCCUCUGUGAACCUUCCUGCAAAGACAAGGCGGCCGCCGAGGACCGGCUCUGCACCGUCUCCACCUCACCCUGACCUGGCCGGGAAUGCCGCUGCUUCCUGUUGGGGCUGGCUGCCAUUUGGAUUUGUGACACUUUUUAGAAAAAAUUCUUGUUGUCUUGGUGUCAUUUGUGUGUCUGCAGCUUGAUAAACCACAGUUUGUUUCUAAUGCUAAUGCUAACGCUGGAGAUCUCCAACAGAUUCAUGGAACAAGGACAGCAGGAGGUCGUGGCCUCAGAGCAGCAGCUCCACUGAAAUAUGUAGCAUUUUAAAACCAUUUAAAAUGAAAAUUAAUUUCUCCAUUAGCUGCACUUCAAUUACAAAUGUGCACAAAAACAAAAUUUCACCAUUGCGGAGUGUCUAUUAAACAGGAAACACUAUUAAAUAAAAUCACACUUGAAUAAGUUUUUUCACUCAUUAAGUCAUUGAAAACCAUCUUCCUCCAACCACUUCCUGUCUUCUUCUUCUUGGUCUCUGGCAGUAGGAACUUCCUGUUGUUGAUCAUAUGACUCAGGAUGAGAAAAAGAAAAUGUGACGUUAUUAGAGUUUUGUUCUUGUUCUCAUCAUGAAAAGGGCAAAUAUAAUCAUGUCAUCACGUUUCCUUAUGUUUAUAUUCUCUUCCAGACAUUUUUAAAUGUUAGUAAGACGUCCACAUGGAAAAUAAAAAUUGAGAUCAUUUUUACAAUUGAUAAACUUUAUGCUCACAAACAACAGCGUCUCUCUCCCAGCCAUGAUCUGCCUGGAUGAUCUCAGUUUUUUGUUGCUAAAGUUUUCACUUGAUGCUUAAAUACUUUUGAAGUUUUGUUUUUAAAUCUGUUUAUUAAUUUUCUGAAAUGUAUUUAUCCUGUAAGCUCAUGUGAACGGAGAGUCUAAGCAGAAGAGGAGGAAUGCUGCGGUUUGUCCCUGCACCCAAAAAUUAAUCUGUAAAUCAUUUUAAACUCCAUAACUCAGAUAAACUUGGUUUAUUUGGACUCUACUGACCAGAACUAGAAUAUCUUAUUGUUAUUUGCAUGUUUUUGUCUAACGGCUCCAUCAGAUAACAAAUUCGGCUGUUUUCUGCAUCAGAGAGUAAAAACAUGAUUAACCUUAAAGACUGAAUUACUUUGAAACGUUUGUUAAAAUGUCUAAAGAUUCUUUCACUUUUCUGUCUGGGAACUUAUUAAUUACAUAUUGGCAUUUUAACUUUUACAAGAUAAACUGUUUGUUUUGUCAAUGUGACACAAACUCCAGUUUUAUAUGUAUUUGUCUUAUUUUAUUUUGUGUGUUUGUAGUUUCAUCAUAAGCCUUUACGCUUUUGAAAUCAAAUUUAUGGCAAACUAAUGUGUUUAUGAAGCCCCAUCCAGAAAUACGGCCUAGUCCAAGUUUAGUGCAACUUCGUUAAGUUGCUCUUCUUGGAAACCAUUUGAAAUUGGUAAAUUUGGUGCAAUAAUUUACUGUAUGUAUUCAAAGCUUUUUACUUUUCUGGUCUUUUAACUUGUGUGCAUUUUAUUAAAUGUUUGGAUUAUCUGUGAACAAAUAUAGUGAAAAAGUCAGAAAACGUUUUUGAACUCUUCUUUACCAAAGAACGCAGCGUCUCAAAAGGUUGGAUUCAGCAUUAAAUUGUUUCGUAAGAUGUAAAUAUAAAACAGUCCAACAUCAGAAACAGAACAAGGUGAAGUAAAACUUGUUGCAUUUGAUGCUAAAAUGAAUAUCAUCUGCUUUAUGUCUGAUUUUUCUAUUGAUCUGUUGUGAAAAAUAUCCUCAAUGUCCAACGGUUUGUCUGUUUGACAGACACAUUUAGGUUGAAAUCAUUUUUAUGUCAGGAUGGAAACAGGAAUGCUAGUUUUGGUCUUUAUUGUUAAACAUAUCAGCUGUCUUUAUAUUUACAUUUUGUCCUUUUGUCUUAAUCUUCAGGAUAAUUUUCUGAAGUCCUUCAGAAAUGUCAAACUGAAAGAUUUGUCCUGAUUUUGUGAAAAUGUUUAGAAAUGUAUCACUGUCCCUGUGAGGCUCAUUUAAUUCACCAAAACCAGAAACUGUUCACUCCGUCACAGCUAGCUAAGGAAGCUAGCAUGAGUUUGGUUUAUAUUAUUAAAAGUCAAUAUAAUUUGUGGUGAAACAAAC